CAUUUGUUUCAUUGUUAGGUAUUUCUUAUAAAAUCAAGACAUGAUGACGCAUAUGUCCCUCAAACCCUCUCAAGCUCAAUCCUUGUUCCUCUUGAUUUUGGUACUCGUUCCAUUGAUUUGCAUCGCCAUGUCUGAUUCCGCAGCGAAACCCCUCGAUUCGAACGCUAACACGUCUUCUUCUUCGGCUCCUGCGGUUCACAUCGUCUACACCGAGAAACCCCAGGACGAGGAACCUGAGGCUUACCACAUCCGAACCCUCUCCGCAGUCCUGGGCAGUGAGGAGACUGCGAAGGAGGCUUUGUUGUAUAGUUACAAGUCUGCUGCAAGUGGCUUCUCUGCUAAGCUUACCCCUGACCAGGUUGAUCAAAUUUCAAGAAUUCUUUCUUCAUUGGUAUCAUGAUAGGGUUCUGUCAAGGCAUGGCUUCCUUUCCUGAUCUCUUAAUAGACUUCUCUUACAUAAAUUAAGAAUGUAGUAAAUGGAUGGGGAAGUUAAUGUGGGAGCAAGUGUUAAGCGAUUGUUAUUUUGUGCAAAACAAAAACAAAUAAAGCUCUGUAUGAUUGCUCCUGCAAAUCUGCAAUAAAUUAUAUCUUGUUUCAUUGUCGUGAA